AUGCAGCGCUCAAGCGACGCCACAGCAGCAGACCAAGCCAGGUCGGCGAAAAGGAGCCUGACCUUCCCGUCUGUCUCCAUCGGGAAGUACAUCUUCUCCAGCGAGAAGCUGCGCCACGUCAACAUGCGCUCCUGCAACGAUCGAAGCGGAGACCGGGUUGUGGCCUACAUCUGCGACCAGUAUUGUGCAGAAGUGCACUGGUCGAAAGUGACAGGCACAAAGCGCUACAAGAUGACCGAGCAAGUCCAGGCGGUCAUGCAGCGCUCAAGCGACGCCACAGCAGCAGACCAAGCCAGGUCGGCGAAAAGGAGCCUGACCUUCCCGUCUGUCUCCAUCGGGAAGUACAUCUUCUCCAGCGAGAAGCUGCGCCACGUCAACAUGCGCUCCUGCAACGAUCGAAGCGGAGACCGGGUUGUGGCCUACAUCUGCGACCAGUAUUGUGCAGAAGUGCACUGGUCGAAAGUGACAGGCACAAAGCGCUACAAGAUGACCGAGCAAGUCCAGGCGAUCAUGCAGCGCUCAAGCGACGCCACAGCAGCAGACCAAGCCAGGUCGGCGAAAAGGAGCCUGACCUUCCCGUCUGUCUCCAUCGGGAAGUACAUCUUCUCCAGCGAGAAGCUGCGCCACGUCAACAUGCGCUCCUGCAACGAUCGAAGCGGAGACCGGGUUGUGGCCUACAUCUGCGACCAGUAUUGUGCAGAAGUGCACUGGUCGAAAGUGACAGGCACAAAGCGCUACAAGAUGACCGAGCAAGUCCAGGCGGUCAUGCAGCGCUCAAGCGACGCCACAGCAGCAGACCAAGCCAGGUCGGCGAAAAGGAGCCUGACCUUCCCGUCUGUCUCCAUCGGGAAGUACAUCUUCUCCAGCGAGAAGCUGCGCCACGUCAACAUGCGCUCCUGCAACGAUCGAAGCGGAGACCGGGUUGUGGCCUACAUCUGCGACCAGUAUUGUGCAGAAGUGCACUGGUCGAAAGUGACAGGCACAAAGCGCUACAAGAUGACCGAGCAAGUCCAGGCGGUCAUGCAGCACUCAAGCGACGCCACAGCAGCAGACCAAGCCAGGUCGGCGAAAAGGAGCCUGACCUUCCCGUCUGUCUCCAUCGGGAAGUACAUCUUCUCCAGCGAGAAGCUGCGCCACAUCAACAUGCGCUCCUGCAACGAUCGAAGCGGAAACCGGGUUGUGGCCUACAUCUGCGACCAGUAUUGUGCAGAAGUGCACUGGUCGAAAGUGACAGGCACAAAGCGCUACAAGAUGACCGAGCAAGUCCAAGCGCGUUGGCCGGCGGUCAUGCAGCGCUCAAGCGACGCCACAGCAGCAGACCAAGCCAGGUCGGCGAAAAGGAGCCUGACCUUCCCGUCUGUCUCCAUCGGGAAGUACAUCUUCUCCAGCGAGAAGCUGCGCCACAUCAACAUGCGCUCCUGCAACGAUCGAAGCGGAGACCGGGUUGUGGCCUACAUCUGCGACCAGUAUUGUGCAGAAGUGCACUGGUCGAAAGUGACAGGCACAAAGCGCUACAAGAUGACCGAGCAAGUCCAAGCGCGUUGGCCGGCGAUCAUGCAGCGCUCAAGCGACGCCACAGCAGCAGACCAAGCCAGGUCGGCGAAAAGGAGCCUGACCUUCCCGUCUGUCUCCAUCGGGAAGUACAUCUUCUCCAGCGAGAAGCUGCGCCACGUCAACAUGCGCUCCUGCAACGAUCGAAGCGGAGACCGGGUUGUGGCCUACAUCUGCGACCAGUAUUGUGCAGAAGUGCACUGGUCGAAAGUGACAGGCACAAAGCGCUACAAGAUGACCGAGCAAGUCCAAGCAGCAGACCAAGCCAGGUCGGCGAAAAGGAGCCUGACCUUCCCGUCUGUCUCCAUCGGGAAGUACAUCUUCUCCAGCGAGAAGCUGCGCCACAUCAACAUGCGCUCCUGCAACGAUCGAAGCGGAGACCGGGUUGUGGCCUACAUCUGCGACCAGUAUUGUGCAGAAGUGCACUGGUCGAAAGUGACAGGCACAAAGCGCUACAAGAUGACCGAGCAAGUCCAGGAGCGCAUGUUGACGUGGCGCAGCUUCUCGCUGGAGAAGAUGUACUUCCCGAUGGAGACAGACGGGAAGGUCAGGCUCCUUUUCGCCGACCUGGCUUGGUCUGCUGCUGUGGCGUCGCUUGAGCGCUGCAUGACCGCCUUGCACGAUCGAGGAAAAUUCUGA